CCAUCUCUGGACGUAAACAUCUUGUCUGCCACAGGAACCUUUCUCCAUGCGCCCUUUUAUCACCUACAUAACCCGACCGAUCAAUUAAAACUCUCACACUUAAACCAGUCAAAAGCAUCACCUUCUUUUCCAUCUCCAUCAAUUUAGUUAUAAACUCCAGAUUCUUUGAUUUUGCAACAACAUUUUGUUCUGAGUUUUCUUCAAAGAUUAGUGUUUAAUGGAGUGGAAUAGCUGUGGUAGUGGGUUUAGAGAGUUGAGGCCUUUGGUGCACUUGCUUUUGCCAUUAUCUAUACAUUGGGUUGCUGAGCAAAUGACUGUUUCUGUUCUUGUUGAUGUUGUUACUUCUGCCUUAUGUCCUGGGGAGUCUGCGUGUUCUCAGGCUAUUUAUCUAAGUGGUCUCCAACAAACGGUGGUUGGAAUUUUCAAGAUGGUGGUAUUACCACUCCUGGGACAGCUUGCAGAUGAGUAUGGGCGUAAACCAUUUCUACUUCUCACUGUAUCUACAUCCAUAUUUCCUUUUGCUUUACUUGCCUAUAAUCAAUCAAGAGAAUUUGUGUAUGCCUACUAUGUGCUUCGUACAAUUUCAUAUAUUCUAAGUCAAGGAAGCAUUUUCUGCAUUGCUGUUGCCUAUGCGGCAGAUUUUGCCAAAGAAAGCAGGAGGGCUGCAGUAUUUAGUUGGAUGACUGGUCUCUUUUCUGCUUCUCACGUCAUAGGAAAUGUUUUAGCACGUUUUCUUCCUGAGAAAUACAUUUUUCUGGUUUCAGUUGCUCUCUUGAUCUGUUGUCCACUUUAUAUGCAAUUCUAUCUAGUUGAAUCAGUUGAACGUACUCAAAGGAGGGAGCAAAAAUCAGCCUUCUUAACUAAGACCAUUAAGGUUUUCCAUGCAAGAUAUAAAUCAAUGAUAGAUGCUGCAACAGUGGUCUUUAGCAGCCCCACUCUUAGGGGAAUUUCUUUUGUUUCCUUCUUCUAUGAGUUGGGAAUGUCCGGCAUCAGCAGUGUCUUAUUUUUCUAUCUCAAGUCAGUGUUUGGGUUUAACAAAAAUCAAUAUUCAGAAAUUCUGUUAAUGGUGGGAAUUGGUGAAAUUUUUUCUCAGAUUGUGGUGCUUCCUCUUAUCAAUCCAUUGGUUGGUGAGAAAGUGAUAUUGUGUCUAUCCUUACUUGCAUCAAUAGCUUAUGCACUCCUAUAUGGAUUAGCAUGGUCAUCUUGGGUGCCAUACUUGAGUGCCUCAUUUGGAGCCAUUUAUAUCCUUGUAACCCCUUCAACUUAUGCUAUUAUUUCCAAAGCCUCAAGCUCAACUAAUCAGGGUAAAGCACAAGGAUUCAUUGCAGGUGUGCAGUCAGUAGCAAGUUUGUUAUCCCCUCUUGCAAUGAGUCCAUUAACUUCAUUAUUCCUGUCUAGCAAUGCCCCUUUCAACUGCAAAGGCUUCAGCAUCAUAGUUGCAUCUUUAUGCAUGAUAGUUGCUUUAUGCUAUGCUUGCCUGCUUAAACCAGAGCAACAAUUACCUAGGAAAUCAGAAGAAGAUAUUGAAGCACCACUCUUAUCUGACAAUCAACUGGCUACCUAACAUUUUAAUUUCCAAGGAAAAUUAUGUAAAUAUCUAUAUCUAGCAUCACUUUAGUCGUAUAAUUGACGCAUUUUGUUGUGUAAAUAUUGUUUUUCUUAUGCAAUUUUCCCUCCAAAGUCCUGCAAAUGAACAUUGCAAAUCAGCAUACAUUUCCUUUCAUUAACAAAAGUCUCAGAAGAUUUUUUUUU